AUGAAGCUUCUUAGUCUUGUUUUCUUGGUGCCUUUUAUUGCGGCCAUUUUCCUCGAAGGUAAUGGUAACGGUGGAGAAAGACAUCAUAGUGGAGGUGGUGGAUUCUCGUCUUCUUCUUCGUCUUCUGGAUCAUCUGGUUCUUCUGAAGAACAUGGACACCAUCAUGGGCAUAGGCCACCCUAUAGGCCACCCCAUAGACCACCACCACCACCCAGAAAGCAAUGUGAUGAGGGAUGGAUGAGAUUCGAGAGACCUAAUGGAUUGAUUUGGUGUAUUUAUAUGUACAGAGGAGUCACGGCUUGCAUUCAACAGUUUAUCAUUUCACCAAACUUCGUGGCGGGACCAAAUGACUAUGCCUCUUGGAAAGCAGCAUUUAAUAAUGGAGAUUUGGACAAGUAUACAUGUCAAGCACCAGCCUAUCCAUACACGAGAUACUAUGCUUGUGGAAAAGUCGGUGCUCAACGAACUGCAUAA